AUGGAGCCCUGCAGUAGCGGCGGCGGCAGCAGCCCCGGCGGAGCCAAGCGGAGCCGAGACGGCGCGGCCAGAGGGCCUUCGGCCAUGAAGAAGACGCAUACGUCCCAGAUAGAGGUGAUCCCUUGCAAGAUCUGCGGUGACAAAUCCUCAGGGAUCCACUAUGGUGUCAUCACCUGUGAAGGCUGUAAGGGUUUCUUCCGGCGCAGCCAACAAGGAAAUGUGACCUACUCCUGCACCCGCCAGCAGAACUGCCAGAUCGACCGCACCAGCCGCAACCGGUGCCAACACUGCCGCCUGCAGAAAUGCCUCAGCCUGGGAAUGUCCCGGGACG